AUGGAAGCUUUGAACACUAGAGAACAACAAGAAUUUCAAAAAUUGGUUGAACAAAAACAGAUGAAAGAUUUCAUGCGUUUGUAUUCCAAUUUGGUUGAAAGAUGUUUUAACGAUUGUGUUAACGAUUUCACUUCUUCUAAGUUGACCAACAAGGAACAAACUUGUAUUAUGAGAUGUUCAGAAAAAUUUUUAAAGCAUAGUGAACGUGUUGGUCAACGAUUCCAAGAACAAAAUGCUGCUAUGAGCCAAGGUUUACGUUAG